AUGAACAACAUCAAAGAGGACGAUACGAAAUUAUUCCCGUACAACUCUCGCAUCGUCCGCUUGAAAGACGAGGACCGGUUCCAAGUCUGCUUGGAUUUGCGCAGACGACGAGAGGAAACGACGACGACGACUGAAACGCAAACGCAAACCGAGGAAGACGAAUUGACUUUGAGAGUUCCAAGAAUCGGGGACGUGACCGCACAGUUCGCGGUGUUCGACGGACACAUCACGAAUUUAGCGGCGAAGUACGCGGAGAAGCACUGGUUGGAAUGUGUGCUCAAAGCUACGGAGAAAGAGAAGGAGGAAACCGCAAAGGAGAAGAAGAGAAAAGGUGGGAGUAAGCCCGUUUUGAGGGAAACUUCCUCUUUGGAGCCGUCCGACGCGUUUGGAGACGCAGAGGAUGUUUUGAGCGAAGAGAUUGAUUUUGACUUGGAAAAAGCGUUGAUUCGAGCGACGAGGGAUCUGGAAAAAGGGUUCAAACAGCACGGGUUGGAAGAAGGGGACGAAAGCGUGCACGUGAAAAGCGGAUGUUUCGGAACGUGUUUCGGAGGGAAACAGAAAGUGCCCACGGGCGGGACGACGGUGACGAGUGCUUCCAUUCAGAGAGGGUUGGAUACCAAAGAGGGCGGUGCGACGUUUUAUAUCGUCUGCGUGUCGUGUGGAGAUUCAGGGGCGCUUUUAUUGCCGCAUCCGAAUGAGCACGACCCGGACGAUCGCGAGGUGAAUUUGCGCGCGCAUAAACGGUUGACGCGAGAGCACAACGCCGACGAUCCUUUGGAAGCGGUGAGAUUAGUGCAAUCCGGAUGCAGACUCGGGAGAAUGCAAAGAGCGGAUGGAAGCGAGAUUGGUCCUCUGAGAGCGUACCCUGGAGGUUUCGCGGUGUCCCGAGCGGUCGGCGAUUUCGCCGUUCCCGGGAUUACUUGCGAACCGGAAGUGACGAGGGUAAAAGUACCAAAAACGGGCGCUCGAUUAUUCGUCGCCAGCGACGGUGUGUUUGCGGCCAUUUCAGACGGCGACAUUAGCGAGAUUUGCGCAACCUUGAGUAGCUCCAAGGAGUGCGCGGACAAGAUUAUAGAAAAGGUAUUGGAGUUGCGAGGAAGACACGACGAUAUUACGUUGUUGAUCGCGGAUAUACCGCCCCCGGAGGAGUACGUGAAAUUGUUUAAAGCCACGGAGAUUAAGGAUAGAUUGCAAGUUAGCGUCGCGAGAAAAAAGAAAACGAAAAAGGAAUUGAUGCAGUUAAUUAUGGACGAGCAGAAACAAGCGAAUCAGAACGCCUCCGACGGCAAAGGCAAGACAGACGUCUCCUUUGAUCGAGUCAUCGGCGAAGACGAUUACGUUCUUCAAGAGGAUGAUUUCUUCAUCGACGACGUUGCGGAUGAUAUUACCGUAUACGGCUUUCGCGGUACUCGACAACAAAGGCUGGUUUUUGACGAGUACCAAAUCGGAGCGUUGUUAGGAAGAGGCGCGUUUGGUUCCGUUCGAAUUGCCGUGCGAAGAGAAACCGGUGAUGUGUGCGCGGUAAAAUCGGUGCUCAAAACCUUCGAAUCGAGAAAACAAAUCAUGAACGAAAUCGAUACCUUGCGAAUUGUCAGUGGGAAACAUCCAAAUUUACCCAUCUUACACGGCGUAUACCAAGACAAAUCGAGCGAUCACGGGAUCUGUUAUAUCGUCACGGAAAUUUGCGGCGGAUCUUCCUUAUUCGACGCGAUUGCGCGACGCAGAUGGUUCGACGAGAAUGAUUGGCGCGCAAUAGCAGCGCAAAUGCUGGGUGCGGUAUCGUUCAUGCACUCAUUGGGUGUGUGUCACCGCGAUAUUAAACCAGACAAUAUCAUGUGUAAAGAUGUGUGGACGAGAGAACCGAACAGCGUCCCGCAUUUGAAAUUGAUCGAUUUUGGCUCAGCGAUAUUUUGCUCCGCCGGAGAAACGUUGAAAGGGAUGCACGGAACAAAAUUUUUCGCCUCCCCGGAAAUGUGCAGCGACAUGCCGUACGCGAAGAAAACGGAUUGCUGGAGCGUCGGUGUGGUGUUAUUAACGUUACUCUCUGGCUUUCCAGACGGACCGGCGAUAGCGCAAGUCUGGCACGACAUGCUUCGCGGCAUCUUCCCAAGAUUGGACGACUCUACGCCAAGGCACUUCGUGAAGUUGAUCCGAGCGUUACUCACGGUCAACGCGAGCGAACGACCGUCUUGUGGAGAAGUGUUGGGCGUCGCGGACGAUUGGUUGCGUUUCUCCUGGUCAACGUUAGAACGGUCAAAGUCUGUCGCCGGUAUUAAACAUCGUCCGAUGCAAUCGCAAAAACUGAAAAUCCCGAAAAAAUUAACCGGAGACGUUGGAAAAAAUAUAAAGACGAUCGACCAUGAUUUCACAGGAGAAGAUAAUAGCAACAGUAACAGUAGCAGCAGCAUUGGUGGACAAAGUUCCGGACGAAGCAGUUUUGAGAGAAGUAGCGGCGAAAAUUUAGGGAGGCACUCGACAAUUUCUGGUAAGAAGUUCAACGCCGGUUUACUCACGGCUGAAAAUUUAGCGCUUCUCGAGAAACGCGCCAGGAAGAGUCCGAAACCGAAGAAGCACUUCUCUAUGGACGAAAUCGAGGAAGGCGCUGAGGAAGAUCACGAAGAGAGAGGCGCCUUAGCUGCGCAUUUGACUUUGAGCGAUUUGUCCUUGGACGAACGACCGAAAAAAAAUUGGCACUCCGAAUCCGGCGCUCGAUUGAACAAUUCCGUGAAAAGGAUCGCGGCUUCCGUUUUAGCGGCCGAGUACGAAAAACACGUCGCGAACGUGCUCUCUGUCUGCGCUUCCUCGGAGGAAAUUCACAAAACGCUCGUACAUUUACAAAAAAUGCUUGAACACGACCCGGAAGUCGCCGCGUCUGUCGCGGCUGGCGGAUCAACGACCACCGUCCACGCUCGAGUAACCGCCAGAGAUUUAGAAGAUGCCACGAGAGCUGCUGGUGCCAGCGAGGUUGCCGCGCAAUUAGCGACGCUGAGACGAUUCCACGAACCUCCCGGUAGAACUUUGACACUGGACAUCGAACCUCUCCGCGACCUGGAAAAACUUCACGAACGCCACGACCACGUCUUCCGCGCCGUCGACGCCGCCGCCGAUUCAAGAAUCCGCAUUCGCGAAUACACUCGAAUGGAUAACGACAUGCGCUCGCUGGUCCAGUCCAACGUGCACACGGAAAUGGUCAUGGCCAUGCUCGGUAAAGGGUUUCUCUCAGAGAGCGAGAAGGAGAAAUCUCGACAAAGUUUAGACGGUACGAAGAAGAAAAAGUGGAUCACGGAAAUGCUCGACGAUAGCGUCCGUUCUGGCGUCGUAGGUAUAAAAACGGAGCAGGAAGUGUUGGAAGAUGGGCAAGCGGAGGAAGUGUUAGCUAUGAUUCAUCGCUCGUAG